CUCAUUUCUCUCAUCUUUCCAUCAAUGAUCAAACUCGGAAAAGGUUUUGACUUACAACCGUUCCACAAAUCUCAGUUCACCCACACAACUCUUGCAGAGCAAAGAUGGGCUUGGUUUCACUAAAGAUAGGCGAUGGAACAGCCAGAUUCAAAAGGGUUACACUCAGUUCUUUGGCAAUGAAUGUCCUCAUGCUCUUCUCUGUACUCACCACCAAUCUUUUUGCUCUCUACUCCUUCACAUCAUCCCCAAAGAACCAGACACUACUUCACCAUGCUCACAAGAACAUCUCUCUCAUCUCACAGCAAGUGUCUUUGAUCCUCAGAGAGAUCGAUUCUUCUCAGAACAAGCCAACCCAGACGGAGAAAGGGCUUCUCGGCUAUGAAACAAUCGAUCUUUCAAGACCCAACAUUGCGAAUGAGCUCAAACUCUUCCUCCAACACCACAAGCUCCCUCUGGGGAAAGAUUCAAGAACUGGGAUCACCGAAAUGGUGGCUUCUGUGGGCCAUUCCUGUGAGAAAUCGAUGGAUUUGUUGUCUCAAUACAUGAAUUACAGAGUCAGUGGACCCUGCCCCGACGAUUGGAGCCUUGCCCAGAAGCUGAUUUUGAGAGGAUGCGAGCCUCUGCCGAGAAGGAGGUGCUUUGCCAAGUCUAUUCCCAAGGUGGGUCUGUACUCUUUUCCAAUUUCUCUUUGGAAGAAUGUUAGUGAUAAGACUGUAAACUGGAGUGGUCUUGGUUGCAAGAAUUUACAGUGUUUGAAUAGCAAGAAAUUAAGUAAAGAUUGUGUUGGUUGCUUUGAUUUGGUUAAUGGGUUUGAAAAUCCAAAGUAUGUUAACUCUAGAACCAAAAAUGAUUUCGUUAUUGAUGAUGUGCUAGCUUUGGGAAGUGGUGGAAUCAGAAUUGGGUUUGAUCUUGGUGGUGGGUCUGGAACCUUUGCUGCAAGAAUGGCAGAGAGGAAUGUAACUGUAAUCACUGCUACAUUGAAUAUUGAUGCCCCGUUUAGCGAAUUCAUCGCUGCAAGAGGGCUUUUCCCUCUGUACUUGAGUUUGGAUCAUAGAUUCCCCUUUUAUGAUAAUGUGUUCGAUUUAGUUCAUGUUGCGAGUGCAUUGGAUGUUGGUGGCCGCUCGGAGAAGUUGGAGUUCCUAAUGUUUGAUAUUGAUCGGAUUUUGAGGCCCGGUGGACUGUUUUGGCUGGACAACUUUUAUUGCACCAGUGAUGAAAAGAAAGGAGCUUUAACCCGAUUAAUUGAACGGUUUGGGUUCAAAAAACUGAAAUGGGUUGUGGGAGAUAAGGUAAAUGGGUCAGGGAAAUCGGAGGUUUAUUUGUCUGUUGUUCUACAGAAACCAGUAAGAGUAUAAUGAUCCUGAGCUUCUACUGAGAGCUUGAGAGGGUAAGAAUAGUGUUGUAUAUAAGGUCUACUACGGUUGCAGGUGGUUAGCAAGGAUGGACAUCCUUGUUUCAAGUUCAUUUUCACCUGACAGUAGAUCUUCAACAAUCAGUUUAAGUCCGUGCCUGAGUUAUUUGUUUGACGGAACGAUGAUCACAAAAUGUACAUGGUACUAAACUUCAUUGUCAAGUGGUUGUGUUGAACUGAUGGGCCACCUGGUGGUGGCAUUUGAAGUUUUUUUUCUUUCUGUCUUUUAACAUCAGUAGCAUUUGAAGUUGGUUUUGAUAUGUUGGUAUAUGCAGUUCUGAAGGUGACUGAGAUGAUUAACUGCACUCGUUUCAAAUUGUUGAGAUUCACAA